AUGCAGCUUUCCCGGCUAGUUCUGCCUUUUCUUCUUCUGAUUCUGGUAGCUGUCGCGCUACCUUUGAAUGACACAGAGGUUUCCUUGCUGUCUUUGAAUGGUACAAAAUUUACCUCGCUGCCUACGGAAGACAUAGACGAGAUCGAAGGUACAGUCGCCAAGGUGACACAGGGCGUUUGUCUACCCUUUUUUAGAUGGCUUAUCUGCAAGCCCAAGACAAACAAGUCAGACGUCAAAGAAUUCCACGUCAAUGUCGAUGAUGCCAAGGCUCAGGCCAAGGCUGUGGGCUUUACCAUGGGCAAGAGUCUUAGCGCUGAUCAUUUUUUGGAAGUCAAGAUCCUGAUCUCCUUCAUGCAGUUUAACCUUGAUAUUCGCCUUUACGUUUGCGCCAAGCGGAGGACACUACCUUUGCCUCAACAAACAAAACAGAUCCUCCAAGAUACAAUCCAAGGCCAAGGACUGAGCAAUGCCGAUCACUGUACCACACAACCGCGACCCAGCGGGUUUCCCGCAGUCGGGGCCCUCAUAUCAGCAGCAAGUGGUCUCCUUUCGACCCAUCCCCAGCCCGGCACCCACCGGGGCCAUGUACCACCGGCCCUGUCUCUACGCGCUGCUGCUGCAGCGGAGCCAUCAACCCACCCUGGCAGGAGGUGCCCAACCUGCGGGAUCGAGGGGGGCCAAGCCCCCAUCCCCUCGGCUCCCACAGGGCCUGGAGCCCCCCGAUUCUUCAUCACCAGCCCCUACCACUACGACCGCACCCCCGCAGGACUCUACGUGUGCACCUACAUCUCCACCGCACGGGACGGGACCUCGCGGUCCUGCAAUCUGCACUUCAGCGCUUGGCCAAACUACCGCGCCCAUCAUCAUCAGGCGCAUGAACGGGCGGCCGAUGCAGGGCAUUCGUGUGAGGGUUGUGCCGUAAGUAGUAGUAGUGGCGGUGCCAGCACUGCUAACGCGACCGCGACCGCGGCCGCGACUGCAACUGCAACUGCAACUGCCACUACCACUGUGACUGCAACUGUGACUGCGACUGCGAUGGCUACCCCUCCCCCUGUCCCUGUUCCUGUCCCUGUCCCUGCCCCUGCUCCUGCUCCUGCCCCUACCCCUACCCCUACCCCUCCCAUGACUCUCACCGAUCUCCUUCUAGCCGUCGAGGCGGAGAGCACCGAGCCACCAAUGCAUCUCCUGCCCCCGCCCAUCUCCCUAGAGACGGGACGAGAGGUCAGCACCACUCCGACGACACCCACGACCCCCAAAGACCAGCCCCACCCCCAGGCCGCAUACAACUCCCACUUCAAACGCACUAAAGAAGGCCACUUCAUCUGCACCUUCCCCGUCCCCACGAGGACCAGGACGACAACAGCCGCCACUAAGCCGUGCGGAUGGCGUCUUGGGAAGUGGCAUAGUUUCAGGAAGCAUUACUGGCGGCAGCAUAUGCCCCAGGAAAACACGGGGGGCUGCUCUUGUAGUGUCACGAACAGUAACAGGAACCCGAGUAGCGGUAGUACUCACGCUAAUGCUGGUAUGGGCGGUUUCGCUAUCACCGCCGAAGCCAACCCUGUACCUGGGCAGCUCCAGCGCCGACGGUCAUCCACGGUGUCUGCUUUGCCUGCUUCGUGUGUCCCCGCGGCUUCGAGCAGCGGUACAGACCGCCGCCGCGACCGCAGGCGCAGCCGCCGGUCAUCCGACAACGCCAGCCACGGUUCUGCCCGCUCUGCGCUGUGA